AGCCGUAAAAACUUUUACAAAAUAUAUGUUAUCAAACACUAUUUUUAAAUGAAGUAUGUUUAAUGUUAAUGUAAAAUGUUAUACGUUAGUCCUUUCCGGAUAGAUAAUAACAAUUAUGUAUUUAAAUCCUUAGAUUAAAAGUUAUUAGUAAUGUGACGAUUUUUAACCUUUGUUUACUGAGGAGUUUUUCGAAGAGUUGCUUAUUCGUUAAGUAAAGUUGGAAGUAAAAAACAUGUACAGAGAUAUCGCUGAAGAAGACAUAGAUGGAUUAGUUCUGAGUAUCCAUCUAGAAAACUUUUUCUGUCAUGAUAAUUUUUAUAUAAAUUUUGAUGAUCAUAGAAAUAAGAAUAUUCAUUCAGUAGUUGGUCGUAAUGGCAGUGGUAAGAGUGCAGUUCUUACAGCAUUGAUAGUCGGCUUGGGAGGUAGGGCAUCUGCCACCAGUAGAGGAAACAAUUUGAAAUCAUUCAUUAAAGAAGGCAAGACCCAGGCAACCAUCGAGAUAAAAAUAAAAAAUAGCAGUCCAAGGGCAUACAAACCUGAAAUCUAUGGUGAUAGCAUAACAAUUGUGCGAACGAUUACUUCUACGGGUGGAGGUUAUAAAUUCAAAAACAGUCAAGGUGUGGUGAAAUCUACAAAGGGUUCUGAUAUAAACGCCAUAACACUGUUUCAUGACAUACAAGUCGAUAACCCAAUAUCUGUUCUGAACCAAGAUGAUGCUAGGACUCUACACGGCAAAGAUGGAAAGAAAAAAUACACAUUGUUCAGAAAAGCGACGCACUUUGAUCAAACCGAGGCUUAUUAUGACAAGGCGUUGGAAAACUGUAACAAAGCUAAUUCCAUAUGGAAGAGGAAGAAUGAGGCAUUUGAAAAACUUUCCAAAGAACAUGAAAGACUUACCAGACUAUACAAUCAGUUAAAACCGAAAGAAGAGAUAGAAGCUCAGAAAAAAGCAAUUCAAGAUGAGAUUAAAUGGUGGGAUAUUAGAGAGAUUGAGAAAGAAGUAAAGAUUAUUCAGACUAAGUGUAGCGAAGAACGUGCUAACUGUCAAAAUAAUACUGAAAAGCUAAGAUCUCUGGAAGAAAAGUAUGGAGGCGGGAACAGUCAAGUUGAGCUUUUGAAGCAGCAGUUGACUGAGCGUGAAGCUCGUCAUCGUGAAUUGCUGCGAGAAGUGCGUGAAGCGGAGACAGCGCUGCGUAUGGCCAAUGAGAGCCUACAAAGUGAGCGACAAGCGCACGCGCAGAUAAAAACGCGACGUUCAAGGGAACAGGGGCAGGUCGCGGACUUGGAGAGGGAGAUACAGAAAAUAUGCGUGCAUGGUGAGAACGACAGCGCAUCUCGUCGCGAGGCGUUAAAACGUGAACUGCAGGAGCGGCAGGUCGAGUUGAGAGAAGCUAGCUCCAGACACGAGACGGUGGCGCAUGAAGAGACACAGGCGGCUCAGAACGCGAACAGAGCGGACGACGAGUAUGACGACUUUAGGAAGCAGACAUGCGAACUUCAGACGAAGAUGGAGAAACUGUCCGUGAGUGUCCGCGAGCUGAAAGAGCAGUCUACUGACUCGCUAGCAGUUUUCGGCGCUACGAUGGUGGAGUUCUGUGCUCGAGUCCGAACAGAAGUCCAGAACGGACAGUUCACGGCAGAACCCAGAGGACCUAUUGGCAGCUUUGUGAAAGUCAAAGACAAACGCUGGGCCGGAGCCUUGGAACACUUAUUGGACGGAUGCAUGUACAACUUCUGUGUGAACGAACCGAGAGAUUCGAAACGGCUCUUCAAAUUAAUGGAUGAGGUUUGGAAGGACAGAGGCGGUCGUAAGCCGGGUGUGACGUGUAGCGCCUUCAGGCCGCAAGUUCACGACGUCAGCGCGCGCAGAGUUUCCGCCCCCGGCGCCGUCUGUGCCCUCGACGCCCUUGAAAUAGAUGACGUGGUGGUCGCCAAUUACCUCAUAGACAACCUCGAUCUAGAGACAGUCUUGCUGGUGCCCACCCACGAUGACGCGGUUCGUCUCUGUGUGUCCGCUGAGAACGUGCCCGCCAACUGCUAUAAGGUGGUCACGGCGGACUGCUCGGAGUACAUGCCGGCGCCGCGGUACAGAAUAUACGGAGGAAAGGAAAGGACGCCUCACUUCCUCAGCACCUCUAUAGGAGAUCGAACCAGGCAGCUCGGAGAAAAGAUCGAAGAGUUGAAGACGACGCUGUCAGAGAGGAGAGCAGAGGAGGAGCGGCUGGCGGCCGCUAAAGAAAGUGCUCGGAAGUUACAGGAACAAGCUGCUGCUCAGUUGCACGCGCUGCAAAGUAAGCUGCGGCAGUGCGAGCGGCGAGUCGCCGAGACCAAGGACGCGCUCGAGGAGCAGGCGGCGCCGCGGCGGGCUGUGCUAGAGGAGGAAUAUGAAAAAUAUAAAGAGAAGAUCAAAUGUCUGGAUGAGAAGUUACAAGCUAUGGAGGAGAAGAUUCGUGUUUGUGGAAAGGAGAAAGAGGAGGCUGGCGGGCGCUUAGCGCAAGUCAAGGCGGAGUUCAACGAAAUUGAUGCGGAAUAUAAGAAACUCAAGGAUAAACUGAUGCAGAAAGAGCUGGAAAUUGAAAACGGGCAGACAAAGAAGAUGAGCUUCGAGCUGAGAGUCAAAGAGGGACAGAAAAAGUUGGAGGAGCUCGAGAACGCGUUGGCGCAAAGCAAAAACGUGCUGGAACAACAGACACAAGGACUGUCUGACAGGCCGCAGCAGCUCAGGUCCAAAUCCGAGUUGCAAAAUCAAUUGAGAGAAAUUGAACAAAAACUGUCCGCCUUAGACUCCAACCGCCUCCCGAGCCGGAAGAAAGUUCACGCCGACUUAGUAGCUGUGACGAAGAGAAAAAAUUUCGUUGAGACCGAAUUGAAAACGCUCAAGGAUCUCAUCAAGGAGAUAGAGAAGAUAACAAAAGACCAUUUAAAGCUGUGCUACCAGCUGCAGAUCGAUAUCGGACGGAGGGUUCAGUUUUGUUUCAUUGACAAAUUGAAACUACGCAAUUAUAAGGGGCAAAUCAAUCUGGACCACGGUGCCCGUAUUCUGGAUAUAGAGGUCGCCGGCAAGACGACGGACACGCUGUCGGGCGGCGAGCGGUCGUACUCCACCAUGGCCCUGAUCAUGGCGCUGUGGGAGUGCGUCGAGCUGCCGUUCUAUUUCAUGGACGAGUUCGACGUGUUCAUGGACAAUGUAAAUCGUGACAUUGUGUGGGAUCAGUUAGUAAGAUUCGCGGCUCGGCGUCCCAGCCGACAGUUCGUGUUCUUCACACCUCAGACGCUUCCCAUAGCUGCCAGCGACAUCGUGAUACACAGCCUCGAUAACCCCAUGAGGAUGAACAACUAAUACAGCAGUUAUUUUUAUUGUACGUGUUUAUUUACAACAGUUUUGUAAUUUGUAUUUUUUUUAAUAAAUUUUAUAGAAUAUAAAA